AUGAACACACUAAUAAUGAAGAACCAUCCGAUUGAUCACAGCCCUGUGACCGCCAUUUGUACGAAUAAUCGCCAGAUUUUCGUUUUUCAGAGUAACAUCCUGACAGUUUACUCUUCGCUGGCACUUACCAAAACGUUUAUCUGUGAUGUAAAGAUAUGUGUUACCGCGUGCUGUGUGUACAACGAUGUGUUGUACAUGGGCACGGAUGAUGGUUUAUAUACAUUUGCAAAAAAUCAGCUUGCAAAAGUGCGGGAGUGCCUGGUUGUCCGUAUAUGUGUGGUUGACAGGCGGUUAUAUAUUGUAGAGAGAAAGGACAAUGAAUAUGUGCUGGUUGUUGAUGGCGAAGAUGUUUGCAGGUCAAGGACCGAUAUUUUCGUUGGAUGGGCAGGUAAUCGAUUGGUAGUUGUUGGCGAUAUGGUUAGAUGGGGCUUAGAAGAAUGGGAAUGGGUUGGGGAUGGGCUUACAUCUUUUCAUGUGGUGAGUAGAAUCAGUGGAUCAGAUAGGAAGGAGCAUCGAAAGAACAAAAAGAGAGCGAAGAAAGGAAGUAGAAAAAAAAAUGAGCAUGAUUUGGCUGACAAAGGAUGCGCAAAAACGGAUAUUAGUGAUGUUAAAAGUUAUCAUAAACAUGGUUUGGUGGAUAAUGAAGACAUAAGAACGGAGUUUAAUGACGAGAUGGGUAGUAAUUGGGGAGGCCCAGUGGAGGAAAGUGAAAAUCAAUUGAAAAGAAUACAAAGAGAUUUUCAACACGAUAUUAUAAGCGGUGAUGAAGGCGUAAAAGAUAAUAUAAAACACUGUCGGAAGUAUUAUGGUGUUGUUACAACUGAGAAAGGCGACUUACUACUUUUCGAGUUGAAAAACGGGUUAAUACUGCAAAAAUUAAAACUGCGAAAUUCAUCGGUGUACGCGGUUAAACUGAAGGAAGACUUCAUAGCGACCGGAAACGAUUCGCGGAUAAUGUGGAUCAAAAGCAACGAGGAGUAUUUUUACCAAAAGUACAGACAGCUGGACAUUCACUAUUCAAAAACGCAUUUAGUUAUAGACAACGGACGAAUCAUAAGUGCAGGUGAAGAUUCUCUGCUUAACGUGGUAUAUACGGACAAGGAGAUGUACUACAAGUAUUUCAACGAUAAUACGGGAGUAUUAAAGACGUAUAAGAAUAUUUUAUGUGUUCUUGAAAACAAAACAUUAAACUUUUACACGUUAAAUCGCGCUAGAACAGGUGAAGAUGCAGGUGAAUGUGGUAAGAAUAGCAUGAUUGAUGAGAAUGGUUGCAGAAAACAAAACAAAAAUGGUGCGGGACAUACUGCAAAUACCUUUGAUAACGGCGAUUUUACAGGUGGUAAAACCGGUAACUAUAGCGACAGGAUGAGUAAACGAAUAGAAUAUCUUCUAAGGUACAAAACCAAUCAACGAAUACUGUCAUACGAUUUAAAUGAUAAAUUUAUAGCAUACACUAACGCAGAUAAGACCGUACUACUGCACUACGUACUUGGUGACAGGUUGAUGAUUGACAAAGCAAAAGAAUUUUCACCGUGUUACUUCUUGAAGAUUACCAAUGAUCAAUUGAUCAUGGUCAAGAACACAAUUGUAAUAUUUGAUCUAAAUGAAUUUAAGGAGAGAGAGGUGACAGGAGCGAUAGAUGUUUUUAAUGUAAUGAAUUAUGACUGGAAUGGA